GAGAAUGUAGAAAUGAGGACAUGGAGAUAGUCGAGUGUGGAACAGAUCAAACAGUUUGCCUCUCCGGGACUUUUCGUACUACUUAUAGUACAAAGCUGAGCAACACUUGGCUUCAGGAAAGGCAGUUGAGUAGUUCUAUGAACACGAUGGCUGCUGGGAUUGUCGUCUUCUGUUUCUUCUCUUCAAUCUUAUCAACAGUGGCAUCUCUAAAGUGCCAAACGUGUCUUGUCUCUGGAAAUGAAUGUAAAGAAGAGGAUGUGAAGAUGGUGGAGUGCAAAGACAAUGAAGAAUUUUGCUUUUCUAUUAUUGCUAAUACUACUUUAACCAAUGUUUCCAUGACUUUAAUGAUCAAGGGAUGCUUAAAACCUGAGGAAUGUCAUGAAGGCUUCUACAGCACAACCACCAUCAAUGACAGAUAUGAACUGGCAAAUAUGCACUGUUGCCAGACUGAUGGCUGCAAUUCAGAACCUCUUCUGUUGCCAAAUUAUGAAGAGCUUCAACCAAAUGGGUUACAAUGCCCUGGCUGCUAUGUACAAGAUGCAGAUUCUUGUGAAGGCCAUCAACCUGUGAUCUGCCUCAGCACAGAGGAUCAGUGUCUCAAAGUGACUUCCAGCAUACAGGCAUUUGGAAAUUACACCGACAAGUACAGUUUCCAAGGAUGUACAACAAAGAAAUCAUGUGCCUACUCUACAGGAGAGUUUCAGCUAGUCGAUGGGAUGUUUAAUUUCAACGUCUCCACAUUGGAAUGCAGAAACGCAUCUUAUCAUUAUCCUGAUCUUAAAUAGUAGUUAAGGAAGAGCAGAACCUUCUUCACAUUGAUUGAAAUAUUUGUAAAAAUGAGAAGGUUGGAGAUUUAAUGAGAUAAGUGAAGUUUGGGAUCAAAGGUUCUUGAGUUUCUUCUCUGAGGCUGGUGGAGGAUAGCUGGAUAAUUGGCGUCAGAGAAAUAUUACGCUUUGAGACUGUAGCUCAAGAAAAUGUUCUGUGUAAAGACCACAGAAUCAUGGUGAAAAUAAAUCGAUAUGAUGAAAGAA